AUGGUGCCCAUUCAGGUCAUGGUCCAGUCUGGGGCUCUGAAGUAUGUGUCCUGGCCCGAGGGGGUCCUCAGCAAUCCUGACCACAUUCUCACCAUGGUGGAGGCCCAUCAUCUUCAGGGAUCUGGCCCCAGCCCCCUUUGUAUUUACUGCAGCAUGGGCUAAACAGGUGGAUGAACAGGCGUCUUGUGUACCAUGGAUCAUGUGAGACAGUUGCUCCUCACCCAGAUGCUCCCACCUAACUUCAGCCUCUUUGACCUGGUCCUCCAGAUGCGGAAGCAGCAGCCUCCAGCUGUGCAGACAGAGGAGCAAUACAAUUUCCUGUACCAUACAGUGGCUCAGAUGGUCUCAGAAUUCCAGAACGUGAAUCCUCAUUCCCAGAACCUCAAGGAAAAUUGUGGCCCACUCUAUGAUGAUGCCGUCUCCCUCCAGACUUCGCUAGCCCUUCCUGCCAUGCCCAAGCCACCAGGAGCCCUUCUUAGGAGUAUCUCCGUGCCUCCAGCCUUCGCCAUGGCUGACACAUAUGCAGUGGUGCAGAAGCCCAGGGCUACUUCAGGCCCCCGGUCAGGGUCUGGGCUGUGCAGCACGGAGAGGGCACCGCUUUACAGCCCUGUGACCCCGGGCGCCCGCUGGCCGCAGGCACCCGUGGAGGAGACGCAGGAGGCACUGUUGGGCGGCGUUCCUGCUGACCCCAGCCCUACUGGGCCUGGCGCAUACGAGGACGUCACCGGUGGAUCUCAGACUGGUGGUCUAGGCUUCAACCUGCGCAUUGGAAGGCCUAAAGGGCCCCGGGACCCUCCUGCAGAGUGGACCCGGGUGUGAAUGCUGCACCAGCCUGCCUGCUACCCCACAUGGGUGCUUGGACUGCUGAAGGCUAUGCUCUGCUGUGUGAAGUGUUGGGAAUGGAAGUGCUGGGCCUGGAUCAAAAUAAAAUUUCUCAGGGUGGGAAA